AUGAGUUAUGUAAUUGCCAAUCCUGAAAAAUCAUCCCAAAUUUUUGAGGAAAAAGGUGUUGAUAAAACUGAUGUUAAGUUUAACGAUCCUGAUAAGGAGUACGAGAUUCUAGAUGAUGGAGAGUACAGCAACACAGAUACUUUUUCUAACUGCCCAGAAACUUCUACCACUAAUACGACCGAAAAUGAUAAUCACGAAACACAUGACUUUUGCCUUGAUGAAUUUGCAAUGAAUUAUGCAAAGGAAUAUGCAACUUCAAUGGUUACCGAUUUUGAGAAAGAAGAAGUACAUGUGGAUUGGUUUGGAUCUGACAUUGAUAUACAAUCAGAGUUAAAUGGUAAUGGUGGAAAUAUGGAAAAUCAAUGUGUAAUCAUUGACAUUGUUGAUGAAACUGAUACUAUUGCUCAACAAAAGAAAAAGCAAGAGAAAAAAAUAAAAGUUAAUUCUACUGAUUCAAUUACACAUUUAAGAAAACGGCAAAAGUUUCAGGAAAUUGAAAUGGUAAAUGAGCAGUGUCAUGGAAAUAUGCAAGAAU